AUGGAGAACAGAAACAAUGUGUCUGAAUUUAUCCUCUUGGGUCUUACCCAGGAUCAGGACUUACAGAAAGCCUGCUUUGGGCUGUUUUUGGUCUUCUACACAACAAUUGUGCUGGGGAAUCUGUUUAUCAUUGUCACAAUCAAGAGCAACUCUCGACUGGACUCCCCGAUGUAUUUCUUCCUCAGUUGCCUCUCCUUCGUAGACAUCUGCUACUCCUCUGUUACUGCUCCCAAACUGAUUGCAGACUUCCUUGUCAAAAAGAAAGCCAUCUCCAUUGUCGGUUGCAUGGCACAGCUCUUCUUCAUCCAUUUGUUGGGUGGCACAGAGAUCUUCCUUCUCACAGCGAUGGCAUACGAUCGGUACGUUGCGAUUUGCAAACCGCUCCAAUACACAACCAUUAUGAGCAAGAACAUAUGCAGUUGGAUGGUGAUGGCUUCAUGGCUGGGAGGGUUUGUUCAUUCAAUAUUACAGACCCUUCUCACUGUGCACCUCCCCUUCUGUGGGCCCAAUGAAAUAGACCACUAUUUCUGUGAUGUCCACCCUUUACUGAAAUUGGCCUGCACUGAUACCUACAUAGUUGGAAUCAUUGUCAUUGUCAACAGCGGCAUGAUUUCUCUGACCAGCUUUGUUGUGUUGACUGCAUCAUACAUUGGCAUUCUAGUUAUGCUGAGAACUCAUUCGUCCGAGGGACGCCUCAAAGCCCUCUCCACCUGUGCCUCUCACAUCACUGUAGUAAUCUUGUAUUUUGGCCCAUGCAUCUUCAUCUACUUGAGGCCUUCCACCACAUUCUCACAGGACAAGUGUGUGGCCUUAUUCUAUACCAUUAUCACCCCUAUGCUCAAUCCUUUAAUAUACACCCUGAGAAAUGAAGAGGUGAAAAAUGCAAUGAGAAAGUUAUGGAGCAAAAAUGUAUUUAUAAGUUGGAAAUAA